AUGUCCGAUUCCGAUAGUAGUGAAGAUGAGACAAAUAAACGAUUACUAUCGGCAAUCGAUACUUCCUUUCUAAAUGAUAAACUUUUCACAACACCGUCAACGGUCAACGAUACUAAGAAAAGCGCUAAUGUGAAAACUAUUCCAUGCGCUACCAAACAACCUGUCGCACAAUCGAAUCGCUACAUAACCGAAGAAGACGCAUCCUUCCACAGUGACCUCAAUGUGACGGCUUUGGUACAGAAGCAUGUGGCCGAAAAAUUAGCCAAUCUUAUCGGCUCCGUAAUAGAAUUCGAAGAUUUUCAUAACGUCGAUCAAGUUUCGCCAACAAAGUCGGAUAAAUUAAUCGAUAAAAGUGGCAUAAAGCUUUUAAAAGGCUUUGAUGAAGUUGUCGAUUUGAAUGCGGAGGAAAUAGAUCAGCCUUUUGUGCAACUAAAACCUAAAGCAAUCAAGCGGCGGAAGGUUGACUGUGAGCCGGAAGUUAACGAAGACGAGAAACUUUCUUCUGCCAUUUGUGAUCCUAGCACAUUCCCGAAGGAAGUGCAGCAAUGGAAAGGUCCCCGUAAACGAUCGACUCAGUUCCAGUACAAGACGAAGCAGGAUGGCAAAAUGGUCCAAAAGACUGACCCCGAUUCUAAUGAAUUUACGAAAGCGCGCAAUGCAAAUAUGUGGCAUGAGAGUAAGAUAAGAAAAUUUAAAAAGCAUGCAUAA